AAAAAAGAAAAACAACGCAAUCUCCUUGUUAUAAAAUUUUGAUAAGCAAUUUAUAAUGUGUACAAGAUCGACUAACCGGUAAUUAAAUAUGAGAAACGUAUGGUAGUUGUAAUGGUACUAUUAAUUAAAAAAAAAAGAAUACAAUAUUACAAAUACUAAACUGAAUUUAAACUGUGCCUUGGCAAGCAAUUAAUCAUACUGGCUUUGAAUAUGACAGACAUAUUCUAAACAAAACAAGCGUAGGCGUUUUAAUUCCGUUUUUCAUCGUUUUGUGUAUUUAUCGCCUUCAAAAGUAGUAUUUGUCAAAAUUCAUUCCUUAUUUCUACAAAAAAAAGACAGAAUACACUUGUGUGCUGAUGGAAUUUUGAAAACGAAUGAUGGUCAACUGUAAUAGUGUCGAUUCUGUAUCUAAAACCGAAAACAAUUCAAUAUCGACGGACGAGUAAGUGUUACACAUAAAAUAGAUGGAAUAUACUUUUAUUUUUUAUUUAAAUAUCUAAUUAAUUCAGUCGUCGUUUGAAUUGCCGCAGUUUACGUUGGAUUAAUAGUUACCAUUAUGUUUUAUAGGCGUCAAACACGUCAUCGGUGGUGGUCACCAAUGGACAUAUUUAAAAAUGUAUGCUAUUUUUACGACUUUAUCAAAACAGGUUUGUUCGCAAGCAGUAACAAAACACAAAACUGUGAUGGAAUAAGUGACUUUUUUAAACGUACAACCAAAAAUAAACAACAGAAAUGCCAACUCUCGGUCCCUUUUAAAACAACUCGAAAAAAAAAAUCAAAGACCCUUAUCGGUGAUUUGCCUAAAUUAAGGUAUUUACCAAAAAGUUGCUGCUGUUUCGUCGAUCAUUAUCAAGGCAAAGCAAACAUUACAAAACGAUCGAUAACUUUCAUAAGCCAUGUUCGGUCAAUACAAAAACAAAAAAAAGUAUUUGAAACUCUACUAAGAUGUGCCUUCGACAGUAAUGAUAAUUUACGUACAGAAACCAUAAGUUUUUAUUUGACAGAUUGUAACGGACGCACUCUUCAAUUAGCGCCAAUAAACGUUCCAUUUUGGUUAAUACAUAGGCAAGAUGCUCUUUUAAAACGUAGCCAUUACUGUAUAAGUUUGGGAAAUAAGGAGGUUUGCUUUCAACUGCUAAUAGAAUGUAACCCAAUGGGUCUGAAUUUUUUAUAUUUUUGCGUGCAAAAACUUGUUACCGUUACUUUCGAUGUACACAAGAUCAGAAGGAAACAGGUUAACACCUGUAGGUAUUCGAUUCCGAACUCAUUUUUAAACUUGAUUGGCAAAAAUGAAUUGAGAGAUGCAAAAAUAAAAUGCUUAAUUUACGACACUGUUUACAAAUUCGCAGUACGAAAAAUGGAGGAUACAGGUGCAACGGCCCCUAUUCCUAUUCCCCAACAGCUCACAAUUCCUGUUUAUUCUGCCACCAAGACAAUAUCUAAUCUCCUUCUUAACGACCAACCUUUUGCAAUCAAAUCGCGCACUUCAUCCGCAGCCAGCAACGACACGAAAAAGUGUUUGACUUUGAGGGAAACGAUUAAAAAUGAUACAACAUAUUACGCCAUAACAAAAGGAAAUGAUGACUAUUAUUAUCAAGAUGCACUGAAGAGGUACAGAAAAGGUGGAACGGAGACUCUGAAAAGAGUUAAUGCAGAAAUGAGCAAGACACUCAAAGAUGGGGUAGGAACCUUAAAUAACAUAAAUAUACGUGUGCGCGAAUAUUUAAACGAAAUGGAAUGUUCUGAUAAAACGUUAAAAAGUAAAGUUAAUAUAAAUCAUUAUAUUGAAAAUGGGGAAAAUGACAAUCAAGGCGCGUGCGAUAACACUUGCAACGAGAAGGAGGGUUUGCGAAACGAUGAUGAAGCGAUUGUAUACAACAAAAAAAGAAGAAUACCAACGAAAUCGUCGAUUAAUGAAAACAACGAGGCACACGAAAUAAUUGAAAUUGAUAAAAUUCUCAAGACCGAAAUGGAGAAUAAGCCUGUAUCGUUAGAAAACCUGUAUGAAGUCAUGCGUCAUAUUGAUAACAUUGACGAAUGUCGGAACGUCGUUAAUAAUUAUAACGGUAAAAAGAAAGACAGCGACGUUAAUGGCAUCGACAACGACAAAACAGAUAGAAAUAUUACCAACAAGUUAGAAAAAAGUUGCAACGAAGAAGAAAUUAUGGAGACUUUCGAUUUUGCCAAUACGGUUAAUUCACAACCUCAGGAUGUAGUGCAAAGUAAAAGUAUAAAAUGCGAGGGUGAUGAGGACGCCAGGCCCGUAAUAUUAGAGGGCGAUGAGAAAACAUGUAGGACAGGUAAAGAAAAGAAGAAACGAAAAAUUAAAAUAAUUACUAAGAAAUCAAUGUUGUCAAAUACAACAAUAAUAGAAGUUCAAUCGCCGAAAACGUGUAACAAAACUCGUGAAGAAAAAUUAGAAGAACUAAUUAAGGCACUCGGUAAAAAAUCCGGUGACGAAAGGAUACGUCAAAUAAUGGAAUUCUUACAGGAACAGACAGUCUCUAGCAAACCGUUUCAAUCCGAUUUAGUAGAGGACAUUCCCAGAAUUAGAGCUUUAACCAACAUUCAUGGUCGCUUAAAAGAUGAAGAACUUGCGAGAGACAGUUUGUUCGAAUUCCAGAAAAAAAUGUGCAUUCCAAAAAAGGGAAAAGCGCGAUUCAAGCUACCAACCUCGUUAGCACUCACCAGAACCACACUGCAAGAGAGCAAAAAGAAAUUAGUUCACUUACGGGCCCAAGAGUUGUUCGUUCCAGAUCGUCACAUAAAUCGGCUAAUAAAAACAACACCCUUAGGUCACAAAAAAGAAAAAGAUAUAACCAAAUUAUCUCCAUCAGAAGCACAUGUACGUACGAAAGGACGAGUAGCGAAAUAUUUAGAAAAACGUCGAAAACGUCUUAUACAAAACGCACUCGAUUACAAACGAUCUCAUCACGGUAGCGCUAUCAUCCAGCAAAAUAAAACUGCAACCAUCACAAUGCCAAAAGAUCCAAUUAGUAUAAAGAAAACGUUAGAGAAGAAAGCGAGUUCCAACAGUGACAAUGAUCGUAUGAAAAACACUUUGCAAUUAAACAUUAACCAGAAAAACGAUUAUCCAAAUUAUAACAACGACAUGAAAGGGAACGUACCUCUGAAUAAUUCCAAUAAUCCAAGCAAAAUCGAACUUCCGAUUGACGCAAAAUCAGCAAUAGGUUCUGCCACUGUCGUUAUACAAGACCCAAAAACUAAUAACACCAACAAAAAAUUUUACGAUUUAAAGGAAAAUCUAGACUAUAGCAAAAAUCCCGUUGAAGAUUAUGCUCGAGAUAAACAUAAGUGGCUAAGACACAAAACUGAUUCACCUAAAUCGGCCAAAAAUAGUUUAUACUGUUUCGACAUUUUGGAUGAAAUCACUCCCAACGACGUUCAGCCGUUGAAGUCGGAAUAUCCUAGGCGGGACAAUAUUUUACCAGAAAAAAUACCACAUCCUUGCGAAUCGUUUUUGGGAAAAUUAAUAAAUAGAGGAAACAGAAAGGUGCUAGAGGGGUUACUAAGAGUCGAAACACCCAAGAUAGUGUGUAGUAGUCCGAAUUGCAUCACCUGUAAAAUAAAAGACAACCACGUCGAUAAACGAUCAAAAAACCACAAUAAAAAUUCAGCAUCGAGCGAAAGAAGCUUUUCUUCAACAGACGAGACGGCAUCACCAAAAAAAAAGAAAAAUCACUUAUUAACAGUACCCAAACGUGGAAAGGACUGCGCUAGAUCAAAAGUCACGACGAUCGUAGAAAAUGGUAAUGAAUUUAGGUUUAAAAAUUUCUUAAUGGGCAGAGAACUCGCUUUUCCAAACGACGGACACAUUCCUAAAGCGAAAAGCGCCGGAUUCGAAGGAGCAAAAAAGGAAAGACUUAGAAAAAUACAUAGCGACCGUUCUAGAUCAAGUUCCCAGCGCAGCAAACGGCACAAGCCUAAAAAUGUUAAGUUAAACGUGCCAAGAAAACUAGGUCACUCGAAUGAACCCAAUUAUUCUCCAUCGACAAGUUAUAAAACAAACGUCGAAAGCUUCACAAGACAAGAAGUGGAGGAGAAACUGAAACAGUAUAUGGUGGAUCCUUAUCUUCAUUAUCCUACUUCCGUCACAAUAAUGCCCCUCUCAGUGGUUUAUCAUACAUUCGAUAACACAAACGGCAAUCCCAGGAUGAUGCCUCACAGUACCGCUCGCGUUCCGUUUUCUCAACAAUUGCAACGUCAGCAACGUGAAGAUCACACAAACAGUGCUCAUCUACGAGAUCACGAAAAAUCUUCGUCAACGCUCGAACAAAAUCCUUCAUACAUUUUUACAUCUACAACUCAAGACGGAGAAACGCCUAUGCAUAAUAGUCAGUAUACAAACGACGCCGCGAAUGAAAGACGACCAUUUAAAGAUAAGAGCCAAUGGGGAAUUCACUUGGAUAAAAAUCAACAGAAAAAUUUCGAAUCGGUAGAGUUUACAGAUUUUUUGAACAAACAUAAUAGAAACGACGUUCCAGAAACAAGAUUGAAGAAGGGGCCAGUUACGAGGGGUUCAGUUUUCAACAAAUGUCAGUGUAAAAAUGUAGAUAACAUGAAAUCUGCAUCACCAACAAAAAUGGAACAACUAACUACAAUAGAAAAUGAAAAGUCUACGUUUAAUCCAGAAAACGCGGAAGCAGCAAUUAUUUUGCCAAAGAUGAUAUGUAAACGGACGGGCGUAAAAUCUGCACCGUCUAAACAUCAAUUCAGGGGAAAGACGCAGAAGAAGCUGAACAGACCAGCAACCGAAAAUACCGUAAAAAAUGUAAAAAAUUACACUCUUCAGAAACAGCCGUUAAAAAAAAUAAAAGACAAAAAUCGAAAUGUUCAUUUCAAGGACGACAUACAAAAGGUAAUCCAAAGCGUAGAAUUCAAAAUGGUCGAUAUUCUGUCCGAUCCCCGGAAGCAUAACGUAGACGCAUUCAUGGAUGUCGAAAAAGAAAUAACAAGCGUGCUAGCCAAAUUCAAAACAAAUGACAAAACGAUCGAAGAAGAGGGAGGUACAACCACGUCGAUAGUUGAUGUUGACGAUGAAAUGAAAGAAACGAUCGGUUUAAAACGAUCUUGUCUAAUGCCAGAUCGUAGCGGCAGUAACAGCACCACCACAGAAACUGCCGUCUCUUCCUUAUCAAUCAUCUCCAAAAAAGACAAACAGAUAUUAACCGACAUUUGCACCGUGGUGAAAAAAACACCGCCCAGAAAAAAAAUUAAUACAGGAACAGGCGAAAAAAAACAGGCUUCAAAAAUAAUUAGUAGAUUACAAACAACGUCCAUAAGACCUGAAACCUCCCUGGCGUAUUUCGAAACCGUGGGAUCACCGAAUGAACAUAGAAAAAUUUCACUUGAGCACGUAACUGAAGAAAAAUUGAAUACAAAUCCCCUUACGCAGGUGAAGCAGAAGACGUUAAAGACGUCCGUAAGGUCUGACGAAGAAAAAAAGGAAUCGGUUCCAUCUUUUUGUUACCAAGCUAAGCCUCGUUCGAAAGGUCCUUUGACAAAUUCAGGAACUACUCUUCCUUCUUGCUCAAGUUCCUAUUUGCCACAGCAUUCGCUUAAUCACCAUAAUCUUCGCCGGCGUAAAUCGCAAACUGCAACUUGUUUACGCACAUUUUCACCACCAUCACGUGCAUUCGCUCAAGUUUCUUCCCGGUCUCGAUUGCUGUCAGUAACAUCAAAGCCGAGCGACAAGGCGCAUUAUACUAACAAAAUCGUUCAACCGUUACACUUACCAACUACCGACGAUAAUAUAAAUAUGUGUAAAGCAACCUUAUCGAAAUGUAAUUGGAAAAACCAAAAGGACACGGAUGUACCGUUGCAGCCAAAAAUAAUGGAAACGUCUUUUAAUUUUACACCUAAAUAUGAAAUAGAAAAAAUUAUGGCGGACAGUAUCUCUUCAGUGACGAAUGUUUGCGAAAGAGAGACCAUAGUUGAAAAGAGCGGCGGCUCAGGCGAUAAAGGAGAUCCCGCAACGGUUUUUCCAGACGAUUCAGAAAUAAGACUGCCAGAAGACAAUGCGGAAAUGAUUCGAUUGGAUGAAAAGUUUAGCGAACUGAUAUUAGAAGAAAAUGUAAAAAACUCAGUGGUUAAUGCAUCAAAAAGUUGGACAGAUACCGAUUUAACCACUUACACGGACUCAUUUCAUGUUAUUUCUAACUCGGCAUCAUUGAACGCAUCACGUCGUAAAGUCGCAAAUUUUGAAGACACAAAUGGUCUAACGACCGAAGAAAAAUGUUUUAUAACUGCAGCGUACGAACCAAAGCCUCAUUUGAGUGAAAAAAUAGACGCGACCCUUGCAAAAAUCGAAGCUGCUACCAAAACGAUAGAAAAAGCGAUGCAAAGUGCUGACAAUAUUGACAGUAUUACUCAAGAAACAGAAAGGACGAUAGAGACAAAGGUAACGCUGUCGGAAAAGGAAUCGUCAUCAAUUAACCACAGCGAAUACGUAUGCGAAAUAGCAAACGGUGAAGGCGACAAUUUUGUGAGCGGCAAAGGAGGAAAUUGUCAUGACAACAUUCUUUACUUUCUCGAUAACUUAACUACUUUAACAACAGAAAGUAACACUCCCCUGCCGAUCACCAUCGCAAAAAGAAAAUGUAGCUCUUUAAGUAGCCUCUUGCAUUUUUCUUCGGUUUAUUACGAACCAACGAUAUUUUAUUGCACCGGUAUAUAUCAUAAAGCCCACUCAAGCAAAUGCCUAAGGAGUGGUUACCAUCAAGAGAUGUUACAACUUCUCGGUCAAACACAGGCGUACGCUCGAGAAGAAUAUAUUUACGACAAGAAUAUGGAAAAGCAAUUGCAGUUGCUUUCACGGAAUCGGUUCAAUCGCCACGAAUUCGAAAGGCAUGAUGCAAAAUUAACAAAUGUAAAAGAAAAUGGGAAAAUGGCAAAAAACUACGCGUUUAAAGCACGUAUUUUGGACCUAUUUUAUGGGCUGUUGUUUACCCUAUUAUAUUUCGGACUCAUCUUCAACUAUAUGUGUCAUUUUAUUGAAUGACUGCUGACAUGUUAAUUUAAAAACUUUUAUAUCAAUUUUAUGUCUGCAAAUUCAAUAUCCACCCAUAAAAAAAAAUCGUGAAUAUAACUUACAAAAUCACUUGUAGACGCACUACUCGACCAAUAAAAAGUUGAAAGUUAAUUAGCAUUA